GCUGAUGCCGCGAAGAAAUCCGACGCAUGUCGACAGUAAACAUGAAUUUCUACUAGCUAGAUAGUUGUUAUUAGCUAAAUGCUAUUAGAAGUGAUCUGAAAGCAUUUCUAUUUAUGCACGUUUCAUGUCAUUUGUUUAAUGCUUAUUGUGAAAUAAAGUGACAUGUUUUUAUUUUAUAUGCCGUAUUCGCCAGACAGCAGAUGUUUAUUUUAUAUUAAAAAAGAGGAAUCGCACUAACUGAAACGCUACCAUGGAUUUUAGCUGACAGUUAUCUUUAACUCAACACUCGUGAUCUGCAAGUCUAUUUAAACCCCGUUUUCCCACCUUUUGCCUAAUACGUGAAUAUGGCAACUCUUACAAGACAGGACUUGAACUUCGGUCAAGUGGUGGCUGAUAUUCUGUGUGAGUUUCUGGAGGUGGCCAUUCACCUCAUCCUGUAUGUCAGAGAAGUUUAUCCAUCCGGAAUUUUCCAAAAGAGGAAGAAAUACAAUGUACCUGUACAGAUGUCAUGUCACCCUGAGCUGAAUCAGUACAUCCAGGACACACUUCAGUGUGUUAAACCACUUAUUGAGAAGAAUGAGGCAGAGAAAAUUGUGGUAGUAAUCAUGGAUAAAGAACACCACCCAGUGGAGAGGUUUGUGUUUGAGAUCUCCCAGCCUCCUUUGCUGUCUAUCAGCUCUGAUACACUUCUGUCUCAUGUGGAGCAGCUACUAAGAGCUGUCAUCCUGAAAAUCAGUGUGUGUGAUGCUGUUUUAGACAACAACCCUCCAGGAUGCACAUUUACUGUUCUAGUUUACACCAGAGAAUCUGCCACUAGAAACAUGGAGAAAGUUCAGGUGAUCAAGGACUUUCCCUGGAUUGUUGCAGAUGAGCAGGAAAUCCUCAUGCAGGAUCCCAGACUCAUCCCUCUGAAAACGAUGACCUCCGAUAUAGUAAAGAUGCAACUUUAUGUGGAGGAACGCGCACACAAGGGACAACAAGCAUGAAAAAGAAAUACACCUUAAAAAAAAAGGUUUUCUUUUUUUUUUAUCCUGAACCUCAUUUCAAUGCUUUAAGUACACCAGGAUUUUAAGGAGG